GAGGGCCCCGCUGCCGCCCGCCCUUCCUCCCGGGGUGUCCGCGCGGCCCGCGCAGCGCUGCGCCUCACCCCUGCCGCGGAGGGGCGGCAUGGCGGCGCCCGCCUUCCCUACGCCGCGGUACGAGCACGUAGGGCCGCACGGAGCCUUCGGGGACGUGUACGAGCCGGCAGAGGACACCUUCCUGCUGCUGGAUGCGCUGGAGCAGGAGGCGGCCUGCCUGCGGCAGGCUGGAGUUGAGAUCUGCAUUGAAAUAGGAUCUGGGUCUGGUGUAGUUUCAGCAUUUCUAGCGUCUAUUAUUGGAUCCAGUGCACUCUACAUAUGUACAGAUAUCAACCCGAUGGCAGCUUACUGUACACUAGAGACAGCUCUGCUUAACAACGUUCACCUUCAACCAAUCAUUACUGACUUGGUCAAAGGACUGUCUCCAAGAUUAAAUGGGAAGGUUGAUCUGCUCCUGUUUAAUCCACCGUAUGUGGUAACACCGUCUGAAGAGGUGAAAAGCCAUGGAAUAGAAGCAUCCUGGGCUGGUGGCAAAAAGGGCAGAGAAGUAAUGGAUAGAGUUUUUCCAUUAGUACCAGACCUACUUUCACCAGGAGGAUUAUUCUACUUGGUCACAAUUAAAGAAAAUGAUCCAGAUGAAAUUCUGGAAACCAUGAAGAAAUAUGGCUUAGAAGGCACACGACUACUUGCCAGACAAGCAGGACAAGAGAUGCUUACUGUCCUCAAAUUUAGGAAGUCUUAACCUUCCAGCUACACAGAAAAUUGAACACAGAGUACUCAAGCUGACAAAUUUUUAAGACAAGAUUUUUACUCUUACAAGGUUACUGGUUAUGACAGUGAAACUGACCAAGACUGUCUUGUUCAUUUUUGGUUUUGGGGUUUUUAUUUUGUUUUCUGGAUGUUAACCAGUUAUUAUCUACUGUCAGAGGUACAGUUGUACUCUGACUUUCCACAUGGCAGUUGUGGGGACACUGAAAUACCCUACUCAGCUGCAUUUGCACUGAAGCACUUAAAGCUCUUUUUCUCUAUGAAGAGGUACUUGUAUAUUUGUCAUUGUGGUUUAUAAAUAUGUGCUUGAUACAAUUCUUCCAUUUUUAAUAGCUAGCCUAUACCUGUGCUGUGUGUAAAUGAAUACUUGCAAUCAGUGUUACUGAUUCUGAUGCAGUAUAAAGCACCUUUACAGGUCUAAGCACA